ACGCAUCAUAUUCGUUAUCGUGUUUAUUUCACCACGCUGAAUCACAGCCGCUGUGGUGUAUAUAUACACCGUGUUUAUAACAACCUGUCAUUCAUCCCGUGAAGCCCGGACAGACAUAGACAACUACUUGUUGAGCCAGCAUGAGCAAUUAUCCAGGUUACCCCGGCUAUCCUAAUCAGCCUCCCGCAGGCGCCUACCCUGGAUACCCAGCAGGCGCUGCCCAAGGAUACCCAGCAGGCGCUGCCCAAGGAUACCCCGGGUAUCCAGGGGGAGAUAAGGUGGUUGUGAAGGACGGAAAUACCAAAACUGUCUACAAGGACGGGCACACUAAGACCGUUGUCAAUGAUGGUCACUGUAAAAGCGUCUAUAAAGAUGGAAGGCUAGUUGAGGAAAAACACGACCAUCACCAUGACCAUCACGUGGGCGUGGGUACAGCUCUCGGAAUGGCGGCUGGAGCCGUCUUCAGGGGCCUCACCGGACACAGUGACCACCACCACCAUCACCACGACUCUCAUCACCAUGGACACCACGAUCACCAUGAUCAUCACCACGGACAUCAUGGACACCAUGAUCACCAUCAUCAUGAUCAUCACGAUCAUCAUCAUCACCACGGGAUAUUUGGUCACAAGUGGUAGACCCACCCGAGGUUCAAAUGAUCUGAAUAGGUCUUUGAAGAAUCGUAGGGUCAUAUUUGUCCGAAGAAUCAGUGAAUGUAAAUUCAUUAAGAGUUGAAAAUACAGAUGAUAUUUCAUAGACAAAAAUAGUUUGCGUUUGUGAAUACAACACACCUUUUGUAUAUUACUGCAGAUCAUCCAUUAGACGACUUCGAUAAUUACACCCCGUUGUUGUGUAAAUUAAUCUGAUUUAAAUUGAAAGGUGUUUGUUUGUUUGUUUGUUUUUUAACGCCGCAAUCAGCAAUAUUCCAGAUGUAUGGCGGCGGUCUGUAAAUAACCGAGUCUGGACCAGGCAAUCCAGUGAUCAACAGUAUGAGCAUCGACCCACGAUGACACGUGUGAGCCUGACCACCCGAUCCCGUUAGCCGCAUCUUACGACAUGCAUGGGUUGCUGAAGACCAAUUCUAACCCGGAUCUUCACGGUUAUAUAUUAUGUGAAGCGUGGGUUCAUGACCAAUCACGUGUCAGCUUUCUAUAACAAUUAAGCUAUAUUUCUUUACGCCACAAUUCGGAAAUUACGACAUCUUCCAAAGAAGAACUCAUUUUUUUCUGCAGAACCCUUUAUGGUGUAGAUGAUAGGUGCUCACAUAAACGUCAGAAUGUAUAUAAACAACACAAUAUAACAAGAAGCAUUACUUUUUGCAGUCGGAUCUCCUGGAUUAUAUUCGUUUUAGAGAUACCCUGAUCAGAUACGCUUAUCUCAGGGCUUCACUCAUUCGUGAGGGACGGUGGAUUAGUGGUUAAAGCGUUUGCUCGUCACGCCGAAGACCCGGGUUCGAUUCAACAUAUGAGUACAAUGUGUGGAUCCCAUUUCUGGUGUCCCCCAUCCUGAUAUUGCUGGAAUAUUGCUAAAAGCGGCGCAAAACCAUACUCACUUACUCACUAACUCAUUAUUGAGUCAAUAUUCAAAUAUCUCCAAAAUAAUUUCUUUUUAAGAGUAUCACGGGCCUAAUCGCAUCUCGUAAAACAAUUUGCACGAUUCAUACUUCAUAGCAAUUCAUUCUGUAGCCUUUGUUUAUUUGUUUCGUGCGUGCUUAUUGUGACUGUACACGGAAGCGCUGUGAGCUUGUCGGGCAAAAUGUGAUAAAUAUAGAGUGAUAUAUACUAUGUAUAUGUAUAUCCUUUCCAUGUGUUCAAUCAAACGUCUUUCUGAGCUUUAUUAAUAAACGAUUCUGAAAAGUCA